AUGGUUUCAAAUCCAUCAAUGAUGGAUUAUUAUAAGGAAUUAGGUAUUACUCGACAUGCAAUAGCAGCUGAUAUUCGUACAGCUUACAAACGUUUGGCGCUUCUUUGGCAUCCAGAUCGUAAUAAAGAUAGCGAUGCUGAAGAAAAAUUCAAGAAAAUUAAACAAGCAUACGAUGUAUUAAGUGAUGACAAUCGAAGACGAGAAUACGAUGAACAACGUGCGAUGUCAUCUCAACGAAAGCGAAAUGCACGAUUUGAAACAAAAAAGGCAGCGACAACAAAUAUGAAUUAUACGGAACCAAAUCAAGAUUCAUUUAAUCUUCAUACAUUCGAUCAAUUCAUGUCUACUCCUAUAGAUCCAUUCGACAUAUUAAAUGAUAUACAAUUUUUUCAAGAUUCCGAUUUUACAUCUAAAAUGACGAAUUCAUCAAGUUAUCGUAAUCUAUAUACUCAAAUAUUCAAUUCAAUGAAUAAUAAUCUGGAUAGUAAUCGUCACAUGCCUUCAUCAUCGCCAAUCUAUCUUAAUAAUGAUCGUUUAUUUCGUCAAGCUACAAAUACUCGUUCUAAACAUCAUUUUCAUCAUAAACGUCCAUCAACAAAAUUUCCUUCAGCUAAUCCCAUUCAGGUUAUACAUUCAACAAUGCCAAAUGAAUGGUUUCUCAAUGAACUAAUUGAUUUGCAUGAACAUCAAAAUGUUGUAAAUAUACAACCAUCAUAUUCACCAUUUAAUAACGAUUCUUUUUUUAAUGAUUUAACACAUUGUACAAAUUGUCAUAAAAAAAUUUCGGUCGAUCGGACUCGUUUAAUUCAACAUGAACAACAAUGUCGACAAAAUAUGAAUCGUCAUACAACAAUGCCUUCAAAAUCUGUUCGAGUUUAG